AUGGCCACUGACGUAAUCAUAGCAUCAGGUGGUGCAAGAAGCCGUUCGUACUCUUGCCACAUCUGCGGCAAAAUCUACAAGCACCCUCAGUCGCUUCACAAGCACCAGAAGUUCGAAUGCGGGAAGGAAGCCCAGUUUUACUGCCCGCACUGUCCAUAUCGAGCUAAGCAAAAGAGCAACCUCACUUCACAUGUUAUUGUGAAACAUGGAUCAGCACCGAUAUCAUAUCCUGGACCAAAAGAAGUUUUCUUGUACUACCUGCGGCAAAACCUACAAACAUCGUGUAUUAACAAUGUUUUAGCUAUUGGAUUUUUAAUCAAAGGUGUUCUCCUAUUGACAGAGGACAGCAGUUCAUUCCCUUGCAAAGGCUGUGGGAAAAAGUACAGACACAAAACUUCUCUCAGCAAGCACAGGAAAUACGAGUGCGGGAAAGAAGCGCAAUUUCAAUGUCCCCAUUGUCCGUACAAAGCUAAACAGAAAGGAACUUUAAAGUCCCACGUGCUUAUUAGGCACACUAAUGAGUUUCAUUUGAAGAUGAACACCAUGUUCCCUUGCAGCAAGUGUGACAAGUUUUACUCCCACAAACGAUCUUUGUGGCUUCACAAGAAGUACGAGUGUGGCCAGCUGCCGAAGUUCCAUUGUCCUUUGUGUAUUCCUGGUCACGUCUUCCCUUGUGCAAGAUGUGGACGAGUCUUUAACGCACACUCCACCCUCUACAAACACAUGCAAGACUGUGGUGUAGAAAAGGAUCUUGCACAGUUCCCUUGUACAAGAUGUGCAGAUUUGCAGAACUACACAACUGAGGACGGCUCAUUCAAAUGUAUCAAGUGCCAGAGAGUUUAUAAACACAAGUGUUCUCUUAUCCUGCAUCUCAGAUAUGAGUGUGGCAAAGAGGGAAUGUUCCAAUGCCACCUUUGCAACUACAAGGGCAAACAAAAGAUAUCGCUCGUUACACCAGAGAUGUGGAUGAACCUAAACCCUUCAGGUGUCCAGAUUGCGGCCGCAGUUACAAGACCUAUGUGUAGUCAGAAGAUCGGAAAAUUCUCCAUCCUUCCAUCCUCUAAAGAUGUGGAUAAACGUAAACCCUUUAGGUGUCCAGAUUGCGGCUGCAGUUACAAGUAUAAAAGAGGCCUGAAGGACCACCAGCGUGUAGAGUGCGGAAAUGAUCCGCAAUUGGCUUGUCACCUCUAUUCUGCUAGUGAGUUGUACAAAUGUGAGUCCUGCGGCCGAGCCUAUCGCCACAAACGCAACCUCACUGAACACCAAACAUUCGAUUGUAACCAGGAUCCUCGCUUCGAAUCUUCUGCUGUGAUCAGACACUGCGUGAUCAACGGGGAGGUACGGUUCCCUUGUACUUGUGGGAAGAUGUACAAACGUAAGCAACACCUGGUACAACAUCGUCGCUACGAGUGUGGAUUACCUCCUCAGUUCCAUUGUCCCGUCUGUCCGUACAAAGCCAAGCAGAAGAGCACGCUCAAGACCCAUAUGGCACUGAAACAUGGAAACAAUUCGCUUCAGUUCGUCACUACUCUGACAGAUGGGAGUGAACGCCAUGUUUGCGGGGUCUGUCACAGAACCUACAAGAGAAAAAAACAUCUUACCUCCCAUCAGAAGUACGAGUGUCAGAAGCCUCCUCAGUUCCCGUGUCAUGAGUGUCCUUAUCGCGCCACUCAGAAGAGCGCGCUCAAAGUGCAUGUGUGGCUGCAGUACGUGCAGGACCAGACAGAUGGCAGCAGGCGUUACGGAUGCAGCGUGUGUAACAGGGUGUACAAACAGCGAGGCCAUCUCAACCAUCACCAGCGCUACGAGUGUCAAAAGGACCCUAUGUUCUCAUGUACUCUGUGUCCUUAUAAGGCCAAACAGAAAAGUAACCUGAAAUCUCACAUGGCCAUCAGGCACUCUCAAGCCUUACUCGAAGCUGAUGGAGGUCCUACCGGAUGGGUCAGUCAAGUUCGUGUGUCCUGUUUGCAGGAGGCCCUACAAGCACAAGAAGCAUUUGACGUUUCACCAGAAAUACGAGUGUGGCAAGAUCUCGGGUACUUUUACACCAUCAAAUCCCCUGACGGCUCAGACAGGUUUGUCUGUGCGGCGUGCAGAUGUCACUAUAAACACAAGAAACACCUCAACUACCAUUGGAGGAACGAGUGUGGCGUCGACCCCCAGUAUCAGUGUCCUCAUUGUCCUUAUAAAGCUAAACAGAAAAGCAACUUCAAGACCCAUCUCUUCAGGCACACCGAGACAUACAAGACUAAAAUACUCUCAAUCUUAACCACAUCUGUUGUGUUCUCAGAGCUACCUCAGUUCCUGAAGGUGCUGGCUAUCCCCCAAGACGCCAGGUUCGAAUGUCAGGUUUGCCACAGGUCGUACAAGCGCAAGCAGCAUCUCAUUUACCACGAACGAUACGAAUGCAACAUGGAGCCAAGGUUCAAGUGUCCCUACUGUCCACACCGAUGCAAACAGAAGAGCAAUCUGAAAUCUCACAUUGCCAUCAAGCAUAGCAGUGCUUUGAAUAAAUAA